GCAAAAUGAAGAUGACUCUGGUGCAGGCCUCUUUGAUGCUGUUUCUGCUGCUACUGGGGCUGGGGCUGGGGCUGGGGCUAGGGCUCCACAUGGCUGCAGCAGUCUUGGAAGACAGUGAUCAACCACUGAAUGAGUUUUGGUCUAGUGACUCACAGGACAAAAGCUGGGCCACUGGAGAGGAAGAAGGCACCCGAACCCCAGAAAUCCUGAUACUUCGCAUUAAAGAAAUGGUGCGGCCUGGCGGGCCAGAAGAGCCCAUCCUCAGUGAAGAUGAAGUAAGAAGAAGCAAGAUGAUCAAGGCAGAGGCUCUUUUUCAGACAAAUGAAGACUAUCUUAGGUUUGACUUGAGUGACAGAGAGUGUAAUGCCAUGAUGGCACCCAAGAACCAGGGGCACAAUCGGAGCUGCAUUGCCCAGUAUACAUUCAUCCAUGAAGACCCAAGCAUAGUCACAGCUGUCUGUAAAAGUCCUGUUGUUGUCUGUGCUAUCAAGGGGGCCAAAUGUCACAGAAGUCCCCGUCCUUUUGACUUGACAAUAUGCAAACUGUCCAAACCAGGACUAGUUACACCUAACUGCAGUUACCUGACAUUCAUUAUGGAAAAGGUCAUUCUUAUAGCCUGUGAUGAUGUAACCCAUCCAUUGUCAUUAGGGCAAUGA